UAAUCUCAACCGCUAGGAGGCGUUGUUGAACGGUCCUACCUCAGGAACACAAUGGUUGCGUCCGUCUCCCACAAUCCCCGUAAAGAGGUCCAUGAUGGCGGACUACGAGUCGAUCGUGUGUGUGAAGCCGGAGGUUUUCGUCUACAGAAUCCCUCCCCGACCCUCCAACAGGGGCUACAGAGCGGCAGACUGGAAGUUGGAUGCUCCAGACUACACCGGACGGAUGAAAAUUGUCGCCAAGGGCAAAAACUGUGUCAUCAAAAUAGAGGACAAAAAUUCUGGUGAGUUGUUUGCCCAGGCCCCUGUGGAUGCGUAUCCGGGCGUGGCCGUGGAGUCGGUAACAGACUCCAGUAGGUAUUUCGUCAUCAGAGUCCAGGAUGAUUCAGGCCGCAGUGCGUUUAUCGGGAUGGGAUUUGGGGACAGAGGAGACUCGUUCGACUUUAAUGUUGCUCUACAGGAUCACUUCAAGUGGGUUCGGAAAAGUGAACAGAUAGAAAAGGAAGGCACGACAGACACCGGCCCCAAGCUGGACCUGGGCUUUAAGGAGGGACAAACCAUCACAAUCAACAUAGGGAAAAAGAAAAGUGGUUCCAAAGCAAAGCCCAGUGCAGGAGCAGGAGGGUUCCUCCCCCCACCCCCCGGGGGUAAAAUCCCCACCCUGACCCCACCCCCUGGGGGAGCUGCAGCCCCACCCCAGCAGCCACAGACAGCCACAGGUGGCUUAGGUGGUCUCAGCGGUCUCUCAGCCCCUCCCCCUAACCCCCCCGCCCCCAACCAACCAGCGCAAUCCAACGUCAAUUCACUCUUAGAUCUGGAUCCCUUUGCGUCAUCAUCGGCAAGUAACACGUCGUCAACCGGGGGUGACUGGGGAGACUUCGCAGGAGCUGGGUCUGGGAACAACAACCAGUCUGGCUCAAGCUGGGUGCAGUUCUGAUGGUAACAGCUAGGGGGCACUUCAUGAUAACCAACUUGAAUGGCAACUUCAUUCACUCCAUAUGCAUGUAGACUAUUCUCCACAAGAACUAUGUGCACUGUUAUAUAGGCCUUUGAAAUAUGCUGACAGUCUGAAAUUUGUGCCAUUUUAUUUUUAUUUUGAAAACAGUUUAGAGACUGUGAAUACUUGCGUACUUCAAAAAAAGAAAUUUGAAUAUGUCACACUGCAUUCAUCUUCAUGAUAAGAGUAAAUUUUGACAAUAUUCGCAGAUUUCAACUUCAUUGAGCAUCAAAUAUUGUAUGAUCAAAUGUUGUCGUUUACGCAAUAAUCUGUAACCAAAAGACAAUAAUGAUAUGAACCAAGGAAGUUGAUUGUUUUGGCCUCACUUCACUACCAAUGUUGUGUAAGGCUUCAAAUCUUUUAGCUUGCAAUUGCAGGGGUGCAUAAGCAUUGUGCAAAUUUUCCCCAAACACAUAAAUCACUAUAUGAAUUCAUAUAAAUUUUGUGAAAAAUGCACAAAUCACUAUGCAAAACAAUUGAUCCUUAUAUGAAUUAAUAAUGCAUGAAUUUUUUGUGAUAUACAGAAAUCUUACGCAAACCGCUGCCUGCAUGGGUCACGUGACAAAUGAAAUGAAUAUUCAAGAUGGCAGCCACGAUCUUCGCCACAGGAAAAUACAAUGUGAGAUAGAGCAAAAUGAUCAUGAGUAGCUCACAGGCUAUUAAUAGAUAUAUAUUUGUGAUGGUAUAUCAUUAAUGCGAAGC